AUUCGUAAAGGCAAGAAACCAUUCUACAUGUGCUUUGUUACUGGUGCUCAUGAGCCUUGUACUAGUACAUUUUUUUAUUUAUUGUUAGUAAAUCCUUUUAUAAAUGCAUUACUUUUUUUUUCAUUUAUAAAAAGUAUUUUGUUUUAAUUUAGGCUGUUGUUUUAUGAUGCAAUAUCAAAGGAUUUUUUCAGGUUGAGCUAACUUGUGUUGAGCUGUUUGGAAUGGCUGUUCAGCUGCAGUAGGUCUAUGUCAGAGGAGCGCAGAAAGGACUCACUCUAGAAAGGUGAGUGAACAAAGGUCAUACUGAGCAGCUGACUGUAUACAAGCUGCAAUAUGUCAGAGGAGCGAGGAAAUGACUCGCCGUCUGAGAUGCGUCUCUCUUUAAAACAGAGCUCUGUGUCUGGUGGCAUGCCGAACUUCAGUGAGAAAAAAAAGUCAUCUACCAAAAGUGUAGUAUCAGGCUCACUUGUAUCCAGCUCUGUGUCUGUGACGAGUGACCAAUCAAGACGUGAACCACUGAACUUCAGUGACAAAAAAUCACCAUCUGCCGGAAGUGUAGUAUCAGGCUCACUUGUAUCCAGCUCUGUGUCUGUGACGAGUGACCAAUCAAGACGUGAACCACUGAACUUCAGUGACAAAAAAUCACCAUCUGCCGGAAGUGUAGUAUCAGGCUCACUUGUAUCCAGCUCUGUGUCUGUGACGAGUGACCAAUCAAGACGUGAACCACUGAACUUCAGUGACAAAAAAUCACCAUCUGCCGGAAGUGUAGUAUCAGGCUCACUUGUAUCCAGCUCUGUGUCUGUGACGAGUGACCAAUCAAGACGUGAACCACUGAACUUCAGUGACAAAAAAUCACCAUCUGCCGGAAGUGUAAGAUCAGGCUCACUUGUAUCCAGCUCUGUGUCUGUGACGAGUGACCAAUCAAGACGUGAACCACUGAACUUCAGUGACAAAAAAACACCAUCUGCUGGAAGUGUCAGACCAGGCUCAAUUGUAUCCAGCUCUAUGUCUGUGAAGAGUGACCAAUCAAGAGAUCCACCACUGGACUUCAGUGACAAAAAAACACAAUCUGCCAGAAGAACAUUAGAUUCAGACUUCCAGACUCACAGUAACCACAAGAAUUUCAAAGACAAUCUCUUAGGGAUUUUCCAGGAGCUUGAGAACAAAAUAAUAAAUUUCCUGAAGAAUGAGCUUGAACGAUUUAGGAAAAUAUUACAAAAGGACGGCACACAAGAGAAAGACUUUGUGAAGGACUUUAAUGAGAAUAAAUGUAGUAUCAAAGAAGCAGCUCUUGAGCUCACACUCUGUUUCCUGAGGGAGAUGAAGCAACAUGAAGCUGCUGAUACUCUAGAAGAUGAUCUCAUUUUCAUUCAUCAGCUAAAAUGUAGCCUAAAGAAUAAGUAUCAAUGCGUGUUUGAAGGAAUUGCAAAACAAGGAGACUCUACACUUCUAAAAAACAUCUACACAGAUCUCUAUAUCACUCAGGGUUGUAGUGAACAGGUCAAUAUUGAACAUGAGGUAAGACAGAUUGAAGUUACUUCCAGGCGUCAUGAAUCACAAGAGAUACCAGUUGAAUGCACAAAGCUGUUUGAAGCACCUGAAAAAGACAAGCAGAUCAGAACUGUACUGACAAAAGGAGUUGCUGGCAUCGGAAAAUCAAUCUCGGUCCAGAAGUUUAUUAUGGACUGGGCUGAAGGAAAAGAAAAUCAAGAUAUCAGUUUUAUGUUUCCUCUUCCAUUCAGAGAGAUGAACCUAAAGGAGAAAGAAAAACUAAGUUUAAUGGACCUUAUAACUCAGUUUUUUCCAGAGACUAAAGGACUUAACCUUACAAGAAGAAAUAGAUUUAAAGUCCUGUUCAUCCUUGAUGGACUGGAUGAAUGUCGUCUUCCUCUAAACUUUGGUGGUAAUGUGACACGGGCUGAUAUAUUAUCACCAUCCUCUCUGGAUGUUCUCCUGACGAACCUCGUCAAUGGAAAUCUUCUUCCUUCUGCUCUCAUCUGGAUCACCACCAGACCAGCAGCUGCCAGUAAGAUUCCUCCUGACUAUAUAGACCGGCUGACAGAGAUACGAGGAUUCAGUGAUACACAAAAGGUGGAGUACUUCAAAAAAAGAUUCACAGAUGAGAAUCAGGCCAAAGAAAUUAUUGAUCAUGUAAAAAAAUCCAAGAGUCUAUUUAUCAUGUGCCACAUUCCAGUCUUCUGCUGGAUUUCAGCGACAGUUUUUCAAAACAUUUUAGAGGAGAAAAGAAAAAACCUGAAAAACAAUGAGGCUGGUGACUCCUCUAAAACACUGCAGGAAUCAAACGCUGAAGACACUCCCAAGACUCUGACACAAAUGUACACACACUUUCUACGCUUUCAGAUCCAGCAGAGCAGAAAAAAGUAUGAUGGAGAAUACACACCAGAUGUCUCCUGGGAUAAAGAUGCCAUCCUUUCAUUGGGGAAACUGGCAUUUCAUCAGCUGGAAAAAAACAACCUGAUCUUCUAUGACACAGAUCUGGAAGCCUGUGGUAUUAAUGCCUCUAAAGCAUCAGUGUAUUCAAGCAUGUGUACCCAGAUCUUUAAGGAGGAAAGAGGGAUCAUCGUUGGCACCAUGUACUGUUUUGUUCACUUGAGCAUUCAAGAGUUUAUCGCAGCCCUUUAUGCACAUCUUUUUCUAGACAAAAACAAAACAAGUGUAUUUGCUCAAGAUUCUACAGAACAGGCAAACAAAAAUGAAGCCAUGGUUGAUUUGCUCAAGACUGCAGUGGACAAGGCACUUGAGAGUGACAAUGGACAUCUGGACCUUUUCCUUCGUUUCUUUCUCGCUCUGUCACUCCAGUCCAAUCGACAACUCUUACGAGGACUGUUGACACAGCAAGACUGCAAUGAACAGGACUACAAGGAAAUAGUUCAGUACAUCAAGCUGAAAUUAGAAGAUAAUCCGUCUCCAGAGAGAUCCAUUAAUCUGCUUUACUGUCUGAAUGAAAUGAAUGACCAAACUCUGGUGGAAGAAAUUCAGAACCAUCUUAGCAAAGGAAGUCUCUCAUCUGGUGACCUCUCACCUUCUCAGUGGUCUGCUUUGGCUUUUGUGUUGUUGACAUCAGAUGAGGAGCUGGAGGAGUUUGAACUUCAGAAAUUCAAGAAAUCAGAUGAGUGUCUCAUUAGACUAUCAUCUGUCAUCAGAACCUCCAAAAGAGCUCUACUAAAUGAUUGUAACUUAACAGAAAAAAGCUGUCCAGCUCUUGCUACACUUCUUGGAUCAGAUAACAGUCUGAAAGAGCUGAACAUAAACAAUAAUAAUCUGCAAGAUUCAGGAGUGAAGAAAAUCUGUAGUGGACUGAAGAUGUUAAAGUGUGAAUUGGAGAUACUGAGACUUUCAAACUGCAGUUUCACUGAAGAAGGUUAUAAAGCUCUGGCUUUAGCUCUGAGAUCAAACCCUUCACACCUGAUAGAGCUAGAUCUGGCAGGAAAUGAUCCUCGACAAUCAGGAGUGAAUCAGCUCACUAAUGUGCUCAAGAAUGGAUACUGUAAAUUAAAGAUACUCAGGCUAAAUGAUUGUAAUUUAACAGACAAAUGCUGCUCAGUUCUGUCUAAACUUCUUGGAUCAGAAACUAACCUGAAAGAGCUGAACAUGAACAAUAAUAAUCUGCAGGAUUCAGGGGUGACUUAUCUCUGUACUGGACUGAAGAAUAAGAAGUGCAAAUUAGAGAUACUGAGGCUUUGUAAGUGUGACCUGACAGAGAAAAGCUGUUCAGAUCUUGCUUCAGUUCUCAAUUCAGACUCUAGCAGUCUGAAGGAUCUUGACCUGAGCAACAACGAUCUGCAUGAUUCAGGAGUAAAGCUGCUCUCUGAAGGACUGAGAGAGAAAUGUAAACUACAGAAACUCAGAUUUUCAAACUGCAGUAUCACUGAAGAAGGCUAUAAAGCUCUGGCUUCAGCUCUGGGAUCACAUCCUUCACACCUGAUAGAGCUGGAUCUCACAGGAAAUGAUCCUGGAGAAUCAGGAGUGAAGGAGCUCAUUGAUUUACUACAGGAUGGAAAGUGUACAUUAAAAAACAUCAGGUUUCUGAAAUGUCCUGGUGCACUGGAAGUGUGUGAGUAUCUCACUGAUGUUCUGGGUAAAAGUCCAUUAAUACUGAAAGAACUGGAUCUAAGUGGAGAUAUAUUAGAAGAUCUCGAUGGGGAGAAGUUCUCUCUUCUUUUGAUGGACUCUCAUAGCAAGGUCGAGAACAUUAAUGUGAAUGAUUGUGAGCUGACAGAAAAAAGCUGUUCAGUUCUAGCUACUAUUCUCUCCUCCAAAACCAUCAUGAAAGAGGUUAACCUGAACAACAGCCAUCUGCUGGAUUCAGGAGUCAAAGAGAUCUGUGAGGGACUGAAGAAUCCUGUGUGUGAGUUAAAGAUACUCAAACUCUCUAACUGUAGCAUAACAGAGAAAGGUUAUAAAGCUCUGGCUUCAGCUCUGAGAUCAAACCCUUCACAUCUGAUAGAGCUGGAUCUGACAGGAAAUGAUCCUGGAGAAUCAGGAGUGAAGGAGCUCACUGAUUUACUACAGGUUCCAAACUGCCAACUGAAGACACUGAGGUUUUUGGGUCCUGCUGCAGAUGAAGCCUGUCAGUAUGUGACAGGAAUUGUGGGUGAAAACCCACUACUCCUGAGAGAACUGAAUCUGCAAAAACGUAAACUAGGAGACACACGAGUGAAACAGAUCGCUGUUCUACUGCAGGAUAAACACUGUAAACUUAACACAUUGACGCUGAAUAAUAACAGGAUCUCAGCAGAAGGUUUUGCUACUCUGACUUCAGCAUUGAAUUCAAAUCCUUCAAACCUGAUAGAGCUGGACCUGAGUGGGAAUAAACUAGGAAAUUUAGGAGUCUGGUCGCUGUUGAAUAAUCCUCAGUGCAGAUUGGAGAAACUGAAACUUUCAAACUGCAGUAUCACUGAAGAAGGUUAUAAAGCUCUGGCUUCAGCUCUGAGAUCAAACCCUUCACACCUGAUAGAGCUGGAUCUCACAAGAAAUAAUCCUGGACAAUCAGGAGUGAAGGAGCUCAUUGAUUUACUACAUGAUGGACAGUGUACAUUAAAGACUGUCAGGUUUUUGAAAAGUCCUGCUGCCCAAGAAGCAUGUGAUCAUCUCACUGAAGUUCUGGGUAAAAAUCCAUUAUUAUUGAAAGAACUGGAUCUGAGUGAAAAUAAAUUAGGAAAGCUAUAUUGGGAAAAGCUCUCUGCUCUUUUGGUGGACUCUCAUAGCAAAGUGGAGAAAAUUAUACUGAAUAAUUGUAAGCUGAAAGAGAAAAGCUGUUCAGCCCUAGCUACUAUUUUCUCCUCCAAAACCAUCCUUAAAGAGGUGAACCUGAACAACAGCCGUCUGCCGGACUUGGGACUCAAAGAGAUCUGCGAGGGACUGAAGAAUCCUGUUUGUCAGCUGAAGAUACUCAAACUUUCAGACUGCAGUAUCACUGAAGAAGGUUAUAAAGCUCUGGCUUCAGCUUUGAAAUCAAACCCUUCACACCUGAUAGAGCUGGAUCUCACAGGAAAUGAUCCUGGGCAAUCAGGAGUGAAGGAGCUCACUGAUUUACUACAGGAUCCAAACUGUCAACUGAAGACACUGAGGUUGUUACAGAAUCCUUCUGCAGUUGAAGCAUGUCAGUAUGUGACUGAAGUUGUGGGGGAAAACCCAUUACUCCUGAGAGAACUGAAUCUGAGUGGACAUGAACUAGGAGACGAACAAGUGAAUCAGAUUGCCGCUCUACUGCAGGAUAAACACUGUAAACUCAAGAAGCUGAUGAUGCGUUAUUGUGGUAUAACAGAGAAAAGCUGUUCAGCUCUUACUUCAGUCCUGAGAUCAAACUCCAGUUUGGAAGAGGUGGACAUUAGCAACAAUAAUCUGCAGGAUUCAGGAGUGAAGAAACUCCUGAAUGGGUUGGAAAAUACAAACUGCACACUGAAGAAACUAAGGCUUUCAGACUGCUGUAUCACUGAAGAAGGUUAUAAAGCUCUGGCUUCAGCUCUGAAAUCAAACCCUUCACACCUGAUAGAGCUGGACCUCACAGGAAAUGAUCCUGGACAAUCAGGAGUGAAGGAGCUCACUGAUUUACUACAGGAUCAAAACUGUCAACUGAAGACACUAAGGUUUUUGGGUCCUGGUGCAGAUGAAGCCUGUCAGUAUGUGACAAGAAUUAUGGGUAAAAGCCCAUUACUCCUGAGCAAGCUGCAUCUGAGUGAAUGUGAACUAGAAGACACACAAGUGAAUCAGAUCGCUGCUCUACUGCAGGAUAAACACUGUAAACUCAAGAAGAUAAUGCUAAAUAAUAACAGGAUCUCAGUAGAAGGUGUUGCUACUCUGACUUCAGCAUUGAAUUCAAAUCCUUCAAACCUGACAGAGCUGGAUCUGAGUGGGAAUAAAAUAGGAAACUCUGGAAUUCAGAAGAUCUGUCCUCUGUUGAAUAAUCCUCAGUGCAGAUUGAAGACACUGAAACUUUCAAGCUGCAGUAUCACAGAAGAAGGAUAUAAAGCACUGGCUUUAGCUCUGAGAUCAAACCCUUCACACCUGAUAGAGCUGGAUCUCACAGGAAAUGAUCCUGGACACUCAGGAGUGAAGGAGCUCACUGAUUUACUACAGGAAGGUUGCUGUAAAUUGAAGAACAUCAGGUAUUUCAAAAGUCCUGAUGCAGAAGAUGUGUGCCAGUAUAUUACUGAAAUUCUGGGUAAAAGUCCAUUAUUACAGAAAGAACUGGAUCUGAGUGAAGAUAAAUUAGAAGAUCUGGAUUGGGAGAAGUUCUCUGCUUUUUUAAUGGACACUCAUAGCAAAGUGGAGAAAAUUAUGCUGAAUAAUUGUAAGCUGACAGAGAAAAGUUGUUCAGUUCUAGCUACUGUUCUCUCCUCCAAAACCAUCCUGAAAGAGGUGAACCUGAACAACAGCCAUCUGCCGGACUCAGGAGUCAAAGAGAUCUGCAAGGGACUGAAGAAUCCUGAUUGUGAGCUGAAGAUACUCAAACUUUCAGACUGCUGUAUCACUGAAGAAGGCUAUAAAGCUCUGGCUUCAGCUCUGAGAUCAAACCCUUCACACCUGAUAGAGCUGGAUCUCACAGGAAAUGAUCCUGGAGAAUCAGGAGUGAAGGAGCUCACUGAUUUACUACAGGAUCCAAACUGUCAACUGAAGACACUGAGGUUUUUGAGAACUUUUGCUGCAGAUGAAGCCUGUCAGUAUGUGACAGGAAUUGUGGGUAAAAACCCUCUACUCCUCAGAGAACUGAAUCUGAGUGAAUGUGAACUAGGAGAUACACGAGUAAAUCAGAUUGCUGCUCUACUACAGGACAAACACUGUACACUCAACACACUGACGCUGUGUGGAUGCAGUAUUACAGAGAAGCAAUGCCUCAUCCUGACAUCAGCUCUGAAAUCAAACCCAUCACACCUGAGACAACUGAACCUCAGUGGGAAUAAAAUAAAGAACACAGGAGUGAUGCACAUAUGUGAUCUCCUGAAUGAUUUCCACUGUAAACUGGAGAGAUUGAGGUUAAGAUACUGCAAUAUGACAGUUGAAGGUUGUUCUGCUGUGACUUCAGCUCUGAAAUCAAACCCAUCACACCUGAGGGAGCUGGACCUAAGUGGCAACAACCUAAAAAACUCAAGGCAAAAAACACAUUUGUAUGAUGUACUGAAGGAUUCACACUGUAAAAUGAAAAAAAUGAGGUUCACAAGAUGUGACAUGAAAGAUGAAGAUUGUUCUGUUCUGACGUCAGCUCUGAAAUCAAACCCAUCGCACAUUAGAGAGCUGAACUUAAGUGGGAAUGUAUUAGGACAAUUGGGAGUAACAACCCUCAGUGAUGUACUGAUAAACCCACAAUGCAAGCUGGAGAAACUAGAUCUGUGCGAAUGCAGUAUUACAGAGGAACUGUGUCUCAUCCUGACUGAAGCUCUGAAAUCAAACCCAUCACACCUGAGAAAGCUGAACCUCAGUGGGAAUCAACUAGGAGACUCUGCUGUUGAAAACCUUGGGAUUCUAUUAGGAAGUUCACAAUGCAAGCUGGAAAAACUAUAUCUGUGCGGAUGCCAAAUUACAAAGAAACACUGCAUCAUCCUGACUCCAUCCCUGUGUUUAAACCUUUCACACCUGAGAGAGCUGGACCUCAGUCAGAAUAAAAUCGAGAACAAAGGAGUGAAGAUCUUGAGUGAAAUACUGGAUAAUUCACGGUGUCAGCUGAAGAAAUUGAGUCUAAAUGACUGUGGAAUUACAGAUGUUGCACAUUUAACUGAUUCUUUGGACAAGACUAAAGCGUUGACAUCUUUAAAAGAACUUGAUUUGAGUAACAAUAAUAUAGGAUCCUCGAAAAAUCAGCUCAUUUAUGUGCUACAAGACUCAAACUGUAAUCUGAGCCUGGAGAAAAAACAUUGGCGCAGCGGGAGCGCUCGUGUAAAUAUCAUUAGUAGUAUUGCUGGAUGGUUAACUGGUUCAACUGGUCCUUUGAAAUCAAUAGAACAAGAAAUGUCAUCAUCAGAUGAGGAGUCCUCUGAAUGUCCUCACUAUACAACUGUUAUAAAUGAAGCUCAAGAGGAACCUGUAGAAUUAACUGUACAAGAAACGUCAUCAUCAGAUGAGGAGUCCUCUGAAUGUCCUCACUAUACUACUGUUAUAAAUGAAGCUCAAGAGGAACCUGUAGAAUUAACUGUACAAGAAACGUCAUCAUCAGAUGAGGAGUCCUCUGAAUGUCCUCACUAUACAACUGUUAUAAAUGAAGCUCAAGAGGAACCUGUAGAAUUAACUGUACAAGAAACGUCAUCAUCAGAUGAGGAUUCCUCUGAAUGUCCUCACUAUACUACUGUUAUAAAUGAAGCUCAAGAGGAACCUGUAGAAUUAACGGUGCAAGAAACGUCAUCAUCAGAUGAGGAGUCCUCUGAAUGUCCUCACUAUACUACUGUUAUAAAUGAAGCUCAAGAGGAACCUGUAGAAUUAACUGUACAAGAAACGUCAUCAUCAGAUGAGGAGUCCUCUGAAUGUCCUCACUAUACUACUGUUAUAAAUGAAGCUCAAGAGGAACCUGUAGAAUUAACGGUGCAAGAAACGUCAUCAUCAGAUGAGGAGUCCUCUGAAUGUCCUCACUAUACUACUGUUAUAAAUGAAGCUCAAGAGGAACCUGUAGAAUUAACGGUGCAAGAAACGUCAUCAUCAGAUGAGGAGUCCUCUGAAUGUCCUCACUAUACUACUGUUAUAAAUGAAGCUCAAGAGGAACCUGUAGAAUUAACGGUGCAAGAAACGUCAUCAUCAGAUGAGGAGUCCUCUGAAUGUCCUCACUAUACUACUGUUAUAAAUGAAGCUCAAGAGGAACCUGUAGAAUUAACGGUGCAAGAAACGUCAUCAUCAGAUGAGGAGUCCUCUGAAUGUCCUCACUGCAGUACCGUUAUAAAUGAAGCUCAAGAGGAAGCUGUAAAAUUAACGGUACAAGAAACGUCAUCAUCAGAUGAGGAGUCCUCUGAAUGUCCUCACUAUACUACUUUUAUAAAUGAAGCUCAAGAGGAAGCUGUGAAAUCAACAGAACAAGAAACGUCACCGUCAGAUGAAGAAUCCAUAGAAGGUGAAACAGAGAUGGGAGACGAGGCUAGUGAGUGCUCAGAUGUGGUGAAUUGGCUGGAUAUAAAUCCAUAGCAUCAGGCCUUCAUCAUAAUGAUGCUUGGAUUAAACUCAUCCAUAAUGCAACACUUCAAAUAUUGCUAAUCAUGAUUGUGAUUGUAAUUUAGCACUUAAAUUAAAUUAAAGUGAAAUAAAUUAUCAUAAAUAUAGGAGCCUGAUAAAAAUCCUAAUUUUAGAUGAAAAUUCAAAUGGCACUUAGAGGCUUUUACAUCUGAACUCUUCAUAUAUAUAUAUAUAUAUAUAUAUAUAUAUAUAUAUAUAUAUAUAUAUAUAUAUAUAUAUAUAUAUAUAUAUAUAUAUAUAUAUAUAUAUAAUAACUGAAAGUGUAAAGUGUAAAAUGAAAACAUUGUAGGCUACAGAUUCAAAUCAGUAGUACGCACUGAUCUACACUGAAAAAAGGUCCUGUGAAUAUACUUAAUUUUAUUGUGUACAUCAGCACCAUAUGAUCAGAAUGUGCUCAACUGACAUAUUUGUCUCCUUUAUCUCACUUAUAUUGUCUAAUGUUCUGUCUUAUUUAAUAACUGAAACAAAAACUAUGCAGUGGCAUGUUUAAUAAUUAAAAUAGUUUGUAGAACCCUUCAGUACAGUUGGAUUUAUAUAUAUAUAUAUAUAUAUAUAUAUAUAUAUAUAUAUAUAUAUAUAUAUAUAUAUAUAUAUAUAUAUACACAUAUAUAUAUUGGGGGGACUAGAUAUAAUCUCAGAAAAAUGGUUGCAGGAAUUUUAUUUUUCAUGUUAUCUUCAUAUUUGAAAUAUAAACUCAUGAGACAUGUGACUUCCAACCCAUUACUUUUAUAGAUUGCACCAGGACUGAUUUAAUGUAUUUUUAUUUCAAAUACCGACUAAAAUAAAAUUCAGUGUAUACAA